GUGAGCCAGAGCGAGUGCGCUGGGUCGGCCCGAUGGGGGUAAUCGAGGGUUUCGGGGACGCCAAGCGGCACUUUCCUCUUCUCAGGGAGUGAGGGAGGGAAGUCGGUGGCUCUCGCGCCGGCCACUUUCCCUGCGUGAUUCUCGGAGCUCCCUGCAGGAGGUGAAAGUCCCCGGCGGGUCCGGAUGGCGUAGUUGUGCCGCGGCGCAGCAGCUGCCGGAGCUCGCAGCCGCCGAGUGCUGGGCGGGGAAACUUUGCUCUGCUUUCCUCCAGUUUGCCGCGGGUGGAUCUCCUCUUGACACACCGCCUCGGAGGCAUUUUGAACUUGCAAAGAGGGAUUUUAAGGCCAUUUUUGAUUUGCAAAAAUUGUGAUCUGAAGAACUACAGGCUGAAGUGACUGGAAGUGUACUGUUGGAGAAAUAAAAAUGACAUCCCGUUAUGUGAUCACCAUGUUUGCUCUGAUGAGCUCUUGUUUAGCCACUGCAGGUCCAGAGCCUGGUACCCAGUGUGAGCUGUCUCCUGUCAAUGCCUCCCAUCCCGUCCAGGCCUUGAUGGAGAGCUUCACGGUCCUGUCAGGCUGUGCCAGCAGAGGCACGACUGGGCUGCCACAGGAGGUACAUGUGCUGAACCUGCGUGCUGCAGACCAGGGCCCAGGCCAGCCGCAGAGAGAGGUCACUCUGCACCUGAAUCCCAUCUCCUCAGUGCACAUUCACCACAAGCCUAUUGUGUUCCUGCUCAACUCCCCACAACCUCUGGUUUGGCAUUUGAAGACAGAGAGACUUGCCACUGGGGUCUCCAGACUUUUCUUGGUGUCUGAGGGCUCUGUGGUCCAGUUUUCAUCAGGAAACUUCUCCUUGACAGCAGAAACAGAAGAAAGGAACUUCCCCCAUGGAAACGAGCAUCUGUUAAAUUGGGCCCGAAAGGAGUAUGGAGCAGUGACUUCAUUCACCGAACUCAAGAUAGCAAGAAACAUUUAUAUUAAAGUGGGGGAAGAUCAAGUGUUCCCUCCCACGUGCAACAUAGGGAAGAAUUUUCUUUCACUCAAUUACCUUGCUGAGUACCUUCAGCCCAAAGCCGCGGAAGGUUGUGUGAUGUCCAGCCAGCCCCAGGAUAAGGAAGUGCACAUCAUUGAAUUAAUCACCCCCAACUCUAACCCUUACAGUGCUUUCCAGGUGGAUAUAAUAAUUGACAUAAGACCUUCUCGAGAGGAUCCUGAGGUGGUCAAAAAUCUCAUCCUGAUCUUGAAGUGUAAAAAGUCUGUCAACUGGGUGAUCAAAUCUUUUGAUGUUAAGGGAAACCUGAAAGUGAUUGCUCCCAACAGUAUUGGCUUUGGUAAAGAGAGUGAAAGAUCUAUGGCAAUGACCAAAUCAAUAAGAGAUGACAUUCCUUCCACCCAAGAGAACCUGUUGAAGUGGGCUUUGGACAAUGGCUAUAGUCCAAUAACAUCAUACACAGUGGCACCUGUGGCUAAUAGAUUUCAUCUUAGGCUCGAAAACAAUGAGGAGAUGAGAGAUGAGGAAGUCCAUACCAUUCCUCCUGAGCUACGGAUUCUGCUGGACCCUGGCUCCCUGCCUGCCCCAGAGAACCCUCCCUUCCGGGGUGGGGGAGGCCGAAACAGAGGUCUCCCCUUUCCUUUCCCCGAUAUCUCCAGGAGAGGCCAGAAGGAAGUGGGAGAAGAUAGGACCCCCCAUCCAAAGGACUCUGUCAUCCCCAGCAUACAACUGUUUCCUGGUCCCAGAGAGCCAGAAGAGGUGCAAGGGAGCAUGGAUGUUGCCCUGUCAGUCAAAUGUGACAAUGAAAAGAUGAUUGUGGCUGUAGACAAAGAUUCCUUCCAGGCCAAUGGCUACUCAGGGAUGGAGCUCACCCUGCUGGAUCCUUCCUGCAAGGCCAAGAUGAAUGGUACCCACUUCAUUUUGGAGUCUCCACUGAAUGGCUGUGGUACUCGGCACCGGCGGUCAGCCCCCGAUGGUGUGGUUUACUAUAACUCUAUUGUGAUACAGGCUCCAUCCCCUGGUGAUAGUAGUGGUUGGCCAGAUGGUUAUGAAGAUUUGGAAUCAGGUGAUAAUGGAUUUCCUGGAGAUAUGGAUGAAGGAGAUGCUUCCCUCUUGAGCCGACCUGAAAUCUUGGUGUUUAAUUGCAGCCUGCGGCAAGUGGGGAAUCCCAGUAGUUUUCAGGACCAGCCCAACGGAAACAUCACUUUCAACAUGGAACUAUACAACACUGACCUGUUUCUGGUGCCCUCCCAGGGGGUCUUCUCUGUGGCAGAGAAUGGGCACAUUUAUGUUGAGGUGUCGGUCACUAAAGCUGACCAAGAACUGGGAUUUGCCAUCCAGACAUGCUUUAUCUCUCCAUAUUCAAACCCUGACAGGAUGUCUGAUUAUACCAUCAUUGAGAACAUUUGUCCUAAAGAUGAGUCUGUGAAAUUCUACAGCCCCAAGAGAGUACAUUUUCCUAUUCCACAAGCCGAGAUGGAUAAGAAGCGAUUCAGCUUUGUCUUCAAGCCCAUGUUCAACACCUCCCUGCUGUUCCUACAGUGUGAACUGACAUUAUGUACCAAGAAGGAAAAGGACCCCCAGAAGUUGCCUAAGUGCGUGCCUCCUGACGAAGCCUGCACCUCCCUGGAUGCCUCCAUGAUUUGGGCCAUGAUGCAGAAUAAGAAGACGUUCACCAAGCCCCUGGCAGUGAUCCACCAGUCAGAACCUAAAGAAAAAGUUCCAAGCAUUAAGGAACAGAAUCCAGUUCCUCCACAAAUUUUCCAUGGUCUGGACACCCUAACUGUGAUGGGCAUUGCGUUUGCAGCGUUUGUGAUCGGAGCACUCCUGACGGGGGCCUUGUGGUACAUCUAUUCCCACACAGGGGAGACAGCAGGAAGACAGCAAGUCCCCACCUCCCCACCAGCCUCUGAGAACAGCAGUGCAGCCCACAGCAUUGGUAGCACUCAGAGCACACCCUGCUCCAGCAGCAGCACGGCCUAGCCAGACCCAGCUGGGCCUGCGACAGCUGACAGGGCCUGAUGCUGAUGCUGCGCGUCCAGACUUGGAAGGCUUGUAUUUGGUUCCAUUGUAAAGGGAGAGUGAAUUUCAGUGUAACAAUCACCUGCUGUAUUCACCCCUCACCAUGGCCGAUGUAAGCGUGACCCCUGGACUUCUAUGACACACUAGAUAUCAUGUGCAAAAGCUAAGAUGGUGGCCUUCUCCACCGGCCCCUCACAGGCUGGGGGGUUUUCAAUGUGAAACACAUGCCAGUUUUUUUAAAUGCUGCUGUGUCCAGGUGAGAACAUCCAUGGUUUGGAACCCUGAGUUUUUACCCAGACUCGAGGAGACAGUAAAAGGAUAAUAGCUAGACAGCAGAAUCAAUGAGGAGAUGUGGCCAAAGAUUCUUUCCUAUCUGAACUAAGACAUAAAACAAAAGGAAUGCUUUAAGGCUUUCUGGGCGCUCCUCCUUGUCUAAUCUGCAUCUUUGUUUGGAUGCACACUUCUGACCUGCCGUGCCCUGUGGGGUCCGAUGUAAGGUUAGCUGGGUGCUGCCCUUGGGGACUGCAUCCUGCCACAUGUCAACGCAACAUUCCUUUCUUGUACCCUGGGCCAAAACCAAACCUUGUCGGCUUUCUGUGUAUCCCCACACUUACACACCAACUACAAAAAUGUCUUAAUGCAAAUUUUAUAUUUCUUAUUGGCAUACAGAAAGUGAAAAUGGCCACAAUCUGGAACUACAGAUUUGUGUCCAUCUCUGACAUUUUUUUUCUGAUAAAUUAAUGUCUAAUUUUUCUGAUAAAUUAAUGUCUAAAUUGGGGCAACAGUCGAUUGUAAAGUUGAAGAGAAGUUUGCAAGGUGAUAUAUGUGUAUUCAUAUGUAAGUACAAGUAUGUAAUAUGUCAUCUGGCACAGUAAUUUUCUCAGUUAAAGAAGAGAAAAAUUCAUUCCCCUUUUGAAAAUGUCCUAUGCUUCCUGAGUUGGAACUUACUUUUAAGCAAUAUUUGGUAAAAUGAGCAUUUCCACUCAAAAUACAUCAACUUUUUUAAUAAGCCCUUUUGUAAAAACCAAGCUCUUAUGAGACACAAAUGCCUGGCAGAUCCUGUUGGAGUCCUGUAGGUUAUCUGAAUGGUGUCACCAAUUCUGCCAAGACAGAACUGAGAUAGGGAGAAGGGCAUGCAUUUGGAUUGCUUUAGUUCUCUUGCCUUAAAUAUAUCCCAAACUCCCAAAGAAUUUGAAGUGAAUGUCAUUAAAUGGAAUAAUAUGAUGCCACUUUGCAGCUAUAUAGAGCUCAGUGAUACCUUUAUGAUACCUUUUAUGCUAAAAAGAAUGCCAGAAGAGGAUUUUCAUGCCAAAUCAUUUACUUCUGAAGAUAACUUCAAUGUAAAUCAAAUAGUCUUCUUUUUUCAGAAUUCCCACAGUUGACUUAGGAUUCCAUAAAUAGAACAAGUUAGAUCCACCCCAAAUAUUCAUAAGCAAAUCUUAUUUCCCUUAAAAUAAAGCAGUUGUGCCUGGUCCCCUGCAAAUGGAAUAAAUAAUGCUGAUGAAACUCAAAUCUUUAGGGAGUGUCUUCAUGCAUUCAAGUAAGAGGAAAUGGAAAUCACUCUUAUCCAGGCAUUGAGUACUAGUGAUUGAUUGGAUAGGUGUAGACAUUCAAUCUAGAUCAUUUUAACCAAAGCAGAUCACUUUAGCACUGAAAUUUCCAGUCUACCUACAUUGAUAAAUUGAAUCUUUUUCAGAGUUCCAUGUAUGCAUGAAGACAACAUGAGACUAGAGAAAUGUUUCCCUUUAGUUUGUUCUUUUUAACAUAAGGGUAUCAGAGUGGAGGACCUGGGUUAUGCUACCUGUGUUUGAAAAUAAUGCGCUUUGCCUAACCUUCAGCAGAAUGUAUUGUUUUAGCAUAUUCUAUGUAUAAAAAAUUUAAAGAUGUCUUCAAAGAAGACUAGAGUCUUUAAGUCACUUAUAGCUAUAUUUUACUACAAAAAAGUGUAUAAAGAUAUAUUUAAAUGUUUUAGAUAAAUUUAAGUUACUCCAUAUGAAAGUUUAAUUUCAGUUACUGUGAAUUCUUUUGAUCAGUUCUUUGCUUUUUAAAGAAACUCUUUCCAUCUUAUUGAAAACAAAAUUAGCUAUGAGGAGGUAUUAAAAAAAUUCAUUUUUUAGAUGGACAGAGUUAAAAACUUCUGUAAUAUAUUUAAAUGUAUAUUUUUGAGAGAGAUGCUACAUUGCCAAUGAUUUUAUGAAUAAUCUUAAAUUAAUUUACAAAUUUAUAGAUGUACACCAAAAGAUUUUUAAAAGAGAGUAAGAGAGAAAAGAAGAAAAAAAUCACCUUUUAUUUGUUUGGAGCUCAUUGUCAGAAGUAUUAUUUAAAGAUCAAGAAAUCCCAUGCUAAUGAAACCUGAUCCCAUUUUGGGGAGUGAAUGUCCUUAGGUAUUUCUGAAAUGUUUCUAAAAAAUGAACAUUAAAAAGUAGUGUGUUUUCUCCCCACUUCUUGUUAUAGCAGUUCUGAUUGCUUCACUUUCACAGUUUUCAUACAAAGUACAAGUUCUACUUUUAUAACAUGUUCUGCAAGUUUCUUUAAACCUGUUUUUAUAUUCCAGUUGAACUCAAUUCUAUCUGCCAAAUCACGUGUUAUUUCUGCAGGCUACGCCCAUAAUUUGCAAAGGCCAUUUUGUUUUGUUUGUUGAAGCUGAAGCUAUGGUUGAAAUGCUCUGAACUCCAAGGCAGAUGUCUGUGUAACAUCCUAUAGCUUCUCACCAUGCGAUGUUCACCAACUGUUACUCUGUAUUUUGAAGUCAGAGAUCACUCUGUCUAAGUUGUUUCUGUAGCAUUUUCUAAACACAAAAUGGUCUUUCCCUUGUCUGGUAAUAAGAUUGUAAAUCCGUUUCCUGCGUGUGUUCUCAGCGGGCAUGACUGAGUGUGUGUGGGGCGCGCACAUGCGUGCUGGUCCUUUUGUACUGUAACUACCUCAUGGUUUGAAUGAUGACUGUACUGCUGGUUGUGUUAACAGAGCACAUUUUGUUGGGUGAGUCCUGUAUGCGAUUUUUUUCCUGUUUGUUUUAUCUGGGGGUUGUUCAUGAAACUGACAGAUGUUUUUCUAAAAUGGACUAUUAUCAGUUUCCAAAUACAAUACUUCUCUCUUCUGGUUUUUCCUGAAUGAGCCUGAUUUUAUUGCUGUUUUUCGUCAAUUAUAAGGGUAAAAAGAGUACCCUGAAAAUCCCUGUGGCCAGUUUGAACACCCCUGUCAUUGUCUUUUUUCUGUCAGUGUGUCAGCAAUUUUGUGAACAUGCUUAGAUGUAUAGUUUUGAUAACCACAGUUUUAAGUCCUUUAUCUGUGCAUAAUAAAAAGAUAUAUAUCAAU